AUGAACUUACUGUUAUGUUCGUGGGGUUCCUUGCUCACAAUUGUCUUGCCCUUCUUAUUUUCUUCUGCCGAGUGCGCAAGUGAUUCUCAAGAAAAGUAUCCGAAGUCAAUUUUCAAUUUCGAUCAACUCUGGGAACUUGAAAAGACCUUCUGGGAUUCGUUUCUUUACCCUGCCAACGUGAAACAGACACAGGGAAACGAGUCAUCUAUAUUCGCCCCAAAUGUUCAAGGCCGUGUUGACAUCACCCGCACCUUCGACGGUGACGAGCUAAACCGCGAAUAUAUUUUUGGCCUCUUUUCGGACCCGACGCACGUCAGUCUUGUUGGUGUUCCAAUCGCAUACAACAUCACCCAGUUCGCUGCCAACGAUAAUAUUGCAUCCGCAACAACCGUUGUUACUUUCAACGCGACCACCUUCGGCAUCCUUGUCCCUGUCACUAUCGAUACGUGGAUCGAGUGGAACGCGGAUGGCAAGAUCAUUCAGUAUGACGCAGUCUUCCGAUGGUUCGAAUACUUACUGGACUUUUUGAUCGAAGGUGUUGCGACUAAAAUCAACGCUACUUCAUCUGACAAGGCCGUCGCCUAUGUCUCCAACCUAUUGGCCAAGACCAUCUGUGCUACACACGAGCAGUAUUGCACCGGCUUAAACCAGCAAUAUACAGACUCGGCGGCGUGUUAUAACUUUUUGACCAAGGACGUGCGAUUCGGAAAGAGCUACGAGCUAGGCAAAAAUACACUGCUAUGUCGUGAGGUCCAUGAGCAUAUGGUACACUACAGGCCCAAUAUCCACUGUCCUCAUAUUGGACCCACAGGUGGUGGAUACUGUGUCGAUGAUAUGACCUACCCGCAGACUGUUUUGCAGAGGUACUUUAAUGAUUCGUGGAUUCCGUACAGAUAUGGAGAAGAGCAAGAUUUAUGGCUCCGCAGCUGA